AUGUUCAAUGCAACAGCCGUAGCAAGCACGAACAAGACAGAAUGGACUUUCAAAGUUAACGCUACAAAGGAUCAUAAUAAGACAAAGUUACUUGUUGUUGUUGAGACCGACGCCGAUCAUAAAUCCAACUUAGGUACCGGUAAUGUUACAUAUUCUUCCACAGUCCCCACACCAGUUAUCGAGAGUGUUCAAUACAACGAUGGCAAGAAGUAA